CCAAAGGGCACUUUUUAUGAGAGCAGCCCAGGCUUUGCAAGAUAACCUAAUUGAUACGGAGAAAAAAGGGAAUACAUGUUAGAUUUCUGUUUCUGACUCCACAGUUUACUAACACACGUUUAGGUUGGCACUCCAGCUCGACUAUGACUGCGGACAUUUGGGACGUUAUUAUUGUUGGCGCCGGGCUAUCUGGGCUGAGUGCAGCUCAUUUGCUCAGAAAAAGGAAUGCCAAGUUCAGAAUACUGGUACUGGAAGGAAAAGAUCGGGUGGGAGGUCGAACAGUGUCCACUGAAAUACCGGCAGCUAGUGGAGUCGAUCGCUGGGACUUUGGAGGGCAGUGGGUAGGAAGCACUCAAACACACAUCCUGGACCUCAUAAAGGAGCUGGGCUUAGAGACCUAUCCGCAAUUCAGUAUUGGCAAGAAGGUGCACCACAUGGGGGGUCCAGGCGCCAAAGUUCGCACCUACAGCACCAGUAUCCCUGCUCUGUCCCCACUGGUGCUGAUGGACCUGACCCAGCUCCUGUGGAAGUUUGACAGAUUGCUUGCCACAGUGUGCGUGCAGGAUCCUUCAAUGACUCCCGGUGCUGUGGAACUGGACAGUAUGACUCUGCAAUCGUACAUUGACAAACAAGCCUGGACUUCAGAACUAAAAGAGGAGAUGGGACUGUGCAGCAGGUCCCUCUUUGGCAUGGAGCCGUCCCAGAUGUCCUUCCUCUUCUUCCUCAUGUUUGCUGCAGCAGCGGGGGGGCUACUGGCUCUGCUGGAGAGCACUCCAGGUUGUGCACAAGAGCUAAAGAUAAAGGGAGGCACCCAGCAGCUUUCUCAGUGUCUGGCAGAACGCGUCGGGUUCAAGAACGUCCGGCUGGGCUCUGCUGUGACGGCCAUAUGGCAGGAUGCAGAGUGGGCCCGGGUUAGUACCACCAUCAACACUUUCCUGUGCAGGACCGUGAUCGUCACCUGCCCCCCUCACUUGGCAGGUCAGCUUGCGUCUCCCACCUCUGUCCACUCGCUAAAUGAAAUUCUCACUGAUGCAGAAGGCAAAUAG